AUGGAGCGUCGCACAGUGCUCAUCACCGGAUGUAGUCAAGGUGGCAUCGGGUCUGCCCUGGCGGAGGUGUUCCACCAGAGGGGAUUCCAUGUGUUUGCAACAGCCCGCAAGACGGAGAAGAUGAAGCACCUAAGAGAUUUAGAUCGGAUGACGCUGAUCCCUUUGGAUGUCACUCAGGAAUCCCAGAUAAGUGCGGCGGUUGAGUUGAUCCAGAAGCAUACCGGAGGGACACUGGACUAUCUGGUGAACAAUGCCGGGGAUGGGUACAUUAUUCCGGUGCUAGAUUGCGAUCAAUUACAUGGUCGACAGAUCUUCGAGGUCAACUUCUGGGGUCCCCUGCGGAUGAUCCAAGAAUUCUCUCCUCUCCUGAUUGCAGCUCGUGGGACCAUUGUAAACAUCAACUCGGUUGCCAGCGAGACAUUGCCCCUAUGGCUCGGUAUCUAUUCCAGCUCCAAGGCUGCAUUGCUCGCCCUCAGUGAGACCCUGCGCUUGGAACUGAAACCGUUUGGAGUCCAGGUGCUCUCCGUCAUGACAGGAGCAGUGCAGACAAUGAUCUUUCAGACAAACUACCGGCUUCCGCCUGACUCCGCGUAUAUGACGUGGGAGAAACAGAUCGCCGCGCAGGCAGAGGGAAGUGAGAAGGCGUCCCGCAUGUCAGCAACCGUGUAUGCCGAACGAGUGGUGGGUGAUAUCUUGAAUCGCCAAGGAGGCAUUACCUACCGUGGCCAAAUGGCCUCUUUUGCUUACUGGGUGGUGGCCCUUAUGCCACGCUUCUUAAGAGAUCUGGUCACAGUGAAAAUGGCCGGAAUUAGCUAA